AUGACAGUUAACAUCGCGGGUUUUUCGAUGGCGGAGUAUUGGCUUAUCUUGUCACCUCGUCUUCUGAACCAGAAACAUCAAAUAAUUAAAUUCAACAGUCCACCAAAACCAGUUGUAUUUUGUUAUCACAAUGUGUCUCGUGUAUUUGUACUUACAGAUUGCCUCGAGAGUCCUCAACAAACUGUCCACGUUUCCAUAUUUGGAAGUGAUACCAAGACUUGUGGCACCAGCCUUGAACCAUGUCGCACAAUAGCAAUGGCGGUUGACCAAGUGGACUGGGGCGGGCGCAUCGUCCUCAAUGGCAAUGGAACGAAGCAACAGCCAUUUGACUGCGGGAAUAGCAUCACGAAUGGCCAUCAUUCUGGUAUUCCAGUGUCCAAGAGCGUAACAAUGACUAGUUUAGAAUCGACUCUAGCUCAUGUUUCGUGUUUGAAAGGCAUUCAUUUUCACCGAUUAAACGAGAGAUUGUGGAUAACAUUAACUGGCAUAAAGUUCUUUGGUACCCCUCUCAAGUUCAAUGACUCCAGCAAUAUCUCGCUUGUCAACUGUUUCCUUCAAGACACCCAAGAGACUGUCACUGUUCGUGUGGCAAAAAGCCUGAAUACCAGUCUCACUAUUCGUCGCUCAACCUUUCAGAACAAUUCUUUGUGUUUGAAAAUCCAUUUUGCACAAGACUCUGGAACAGACAUGGAAUUUUCAUUGCAUUUAGAUAAUACUACAUUCUUGAAGAAUGGAUUAAACGCUAACACUACAAGGGGUAGUGUCGUAUUAUUGAACGAAACGGGAUUUUCGCGUAAAAUUCAACUGCGCAUAACGGCCGACAAGAUCGUGUGCGCUGCAAAUAUAGGGCAAUUCCUAUCUGUCGAUUUGCCCACAGCUGUUACCAUAGAAACAUACAACAGCAUUCAUCUUGACAGAAAUCAUUACGCCAACUUGUCUCGUAGCCUUUACUAUUCCAAAGUAAAGAUGACAAAUGUGGCAUUUGUUAGGUUGCAGUGUAAGAAUAAUUAUGAAAUAAGGUGCCUGACAAUCUCCAGCAGGAAAAACGCAACAGUAGACGUUAAAGUUUCCGAGUCGCUUUUCUACAACAACAGUGUGAGCCAAGGAAAGAAGGCGCCAAUUUUCUCCGUUACGGGAACUGGAGCUCGAGCAGGGACAAUUAAGAUCUCCAACACAACGUUUGACAGGAAUAAUAAACGUGCAGUAAGUGUAAGCCCCAACUUCAGAGUUACACUUGACAAUGUAACAGUGUCUUCCUCGAUGGAUGGUGUCGUUAUGCGGCCGCCUUAUGACCAGAUGCUGAACAAGAACGGUUUUCAUUUAAACGUUGUUGUGAAUAACUGCAUAUUUCGAAACAACCAGCAAGAUAUGUCUGCUUUGCUAAACAACAGUAUCAAUGUCGGCUUCCGCGUCACCAACACGGUAUUUGACGGCAGAGAAAGUACAGAGAAUCAGUCAACGUUUGGUAUUCGUGUCAUUAUACCUUACCUAGAGAGAACUAAUGUUUCUGCUGUUACAAAAAUCGAGAUCGAAAAUGUCACCUUCAUUGGACGGCCAUCAAAUACAUUUGCAUUGCUUUCCAAGGGGAACAAAACAGUCAAUAUACGCCGAUGCAUAUUUCGGGACAGCUUUACUGUAGAAAUAGACGAAUGGAGUAACAGACGAUUCAAGAACAUGCCUAGCUAUGUGGCAAGUCAGGGGGCACUUUUGUUUCUCUUUGACUCCGAUGAAAUGGUGGAAAGAGGUUGCGUUCCUUCUACUGUUACAACAAACACCCAUCGCAAGUACAGGUACACAACUCACGUCUUGUUUGAAGACACCUUGUUUCAAAAUAACUCUGGAAACAUCUCAGGAGCAGUUCAGAUCAUCAAUGGUUACGUGAAGUUUCAAAGAUGCAGUUUCAUCGACAAUUUUUCCGAAAAAGACAUUGGCCAAGUAUACGUCGGGUACGGAAGCGCUAAGGUCGAGUUUAAGAGCUGUAUGUUCAAACGCACGAAAAAGGCAGGGACAUACCAAGACAGACCAAGAUAUACCUUUGCAGUUGGAAGAUUUCUGCAUUCAGAGAGCGGAGGCCCACUUAAGAUAGAAAACACUUCCUUCCACUCCAACAUCGACGACAGAAGCAAACGUCAGUCUAUUUUGAGAAUAUAUUCAGGCGGUUAUUUCCACAUGGACCAGAGCUCAACAAUCCAGUGUGCAAUAGGCAGCUCUCUGCAGUUCAAGAAUCUCUCUCACUUCAUUUACCAAGGUGGAAAGGGAAACAAUUUUUGCCGUCUUAACGUAACAACUGUACUCUUCAGUUGUCUAAUGUGCCCUUCUAAAAUGUACAGUCUUGAAAGAGGGUAUACUAUAGGACUAGCCAUUGGUAAUUACAUCAAGUGUCUUAACUGUCCAUUUGGAGCUCGCUGCAACGGACCCAACAAUAUUCUAGCAAAACCAAAUUUUUGGGGCUACAAAAUUACUAAUGGAAGUAAUUUUUCUUCGUUGAAAUUCUUGCCUUGUCCUUGGGAAUACUGCCGUUAUCAAGAUCCCUAUUCAUACCACGAAAACGAGUACAACAGCUGCCACGGUUUCAGAUCUGGGAUUCUUUGCGGUCAAUGUGCGGCUGGGUAUUCUGAGACACUGUUUUCUUCGCAUUGUAGGAAAUCAUCAGAAUGUAACUGGAAUUAUAUGCUGUGGAGUUUGAUGGCCCUUUACUAUGUCUUGUUGAUCACUUAUUUGUUAAAGAAGCCUUCCCUGGUGCUGUUUUUAAAAGAGCAGAUUCUGUGGUUUAGGAAAGAUCGACAACGAGGAUUCCUGGAACUCUCAGCGGGUCACAUCGAGGAAGACCUAGAGUAUGGCUACAUUAAAAUUAUUGCCUCGAGGGUCCUCGACAAACUGUCCACGUUUCCAUAUUUGGACGUGAUACCAAGACUUGUGGCAGCAGCCUUGAACCAUGUCGUACAAUAG